GAACGGGGUAAAAACAUAAAUUUCCCAUCUAUAGUACACCUUUUUAUUUCAACUCCUCGCAAAACUAGUCUAAAAUCCUCACACCCUCCAUUUAGCGAAUUCUAGGGUUUCCAGUGACGGCACAGCCAGAAGCAGCAACACCACCGCAACGCCACCAUGGGUCGUAUGCACAGUCGAGGUAAGGGUAUUUCGAGCUCAGCUCUGCCGUACAAGCGGACUCCACCAAGUUGGCUCAAAGUUUCUUCUCAGGAUGUUGAGGAAAACAUCUGCAAAUUUGCUAAGAAGGGUCUGACACCUUCUCAAAUUGGUGUCAUUCUCCGUGAUUCUCAUGGCAUUGCUCAGGUGAAGAGUGUAACUGGUAGCAAGGUUUUGAGGAUAUUGAAGGCACAUGGACUUGCUCCUGAAAUUCCUGAAGACUUGUACCACCUUAUCAAGAAGGCAGUUGCAAUUAGGAAGCAUCUUGAGAGAAAUAGGAAGGACAAGGACAGCAAGUUCCGGUUGAUUCUUGUGGAGAGCAGGAUUCACCGCCUUGCUCGCUACUACAAGAAAACAAAGAAGCUUCCCCCGGUCUGGAAGUAGUAAGUCAAAUUCAGUUGUUAGCUUUCUCUGCCUUUAUGUUUUAGCUUGUGAGAUUUUCAAGAGCUCAAUGCAAUCACCUGAGAAUAUGCUCAUCUUUCAUACAUUUUGUUCAUGUCUAUCUUCUGGUCAUCGUGCUAAUCAUGCUCUGGUUUGUCUUGCAGUGAAUCCACCACCGCCAGCACGCUUGUGGCAUAGAGAAUAUCCGAGUUGCUGAAGCUUCAAAUUUCUGAGUCUGAACUUGAGUUCCUUAGAGCAUGUGCCUGUAGUUUCUGCUUGUUAAAUGAGAUUUUUUUUUUCCCAAAGGAUGUUACUUUUUAAAGAAUGGGUAAACUAGUGUUAAUUUGCACCUAUGAUGUUUUAGCAGUUCAGUGAUUUAACUGAAGCUUCAUACUGUUUUCUAGCAUUAGAUGAAAAACAGUUCCAAUGUUUCUUAAAUUGCAUCUCCAAAUUGCACUUCUCUAUCUUCUGCUAGGGUUUUAUGUUUUCUUUUGCGAAGUACUAGUAUCACAAAAUGAAUUUGGUAGAACGACAGUAGAAUAAUCUAUCCACUGUAUGCUUG